UUCAGUAAGCUCUGAGCUUUCAGCCGGUUCGUAUAGUAGCGCUGCAUGCUCCAAUAUUAUAUACAAAGCGGCAUCAAAGAAUAUCACCUUUCUCUCUCUCUCUCUCACUCUUUCACUAUUGAGUUUCUUCUCUUUUUUUAACUCUUAAUCGUAAUCAAGAUUUUUCUUCUUUUUCAUCUAAUAAUACGAUAAAAAAAUUGUGUCGCUUUAUAAUAUUGCUAUUCCAUGAAUCAUAAGCACGAGAGCAAUAAUAGAAAAGUGUCGCGUACCGUCGGACGUCGGAAAACUUUCCAUCCGUGACUUACGUGUUUCGUAAAGCUCGGUUAGGUACUUUAAAAAGAAAACUGGCUUUUAACAUCCUCGUGCCUGGCGAGAAAAUAACGCGGCUUAUAUCAGGCAAAUCGUCAUGAUUGCACGUGUUUCUUUGACGAGCGCACACCGUAUGGGGAAAUACAAUCGAGAUCACGUAAUAUCGAUCUCAUUGUGUUGGAUUUACUCUCUGAAAAUCCCAAUUGACUGAAGAGUUUUCACUCACACUGAAGUAACAUAUUAUAGAAACGGGGAAAAAGCGAAGACUAGUUUCAUAUUUCAUUGACACGUGAAUAACGAUUAUAUCUCUCGCGAGUGUCGUCAUAUAACAUACCCAUUCAUAUAGGCAUACAUAUAUGCACGUGAAAUCAAAAACUUUUUUCGUGAAAACGUAACUUUUUUCCUUCAUCCCUCCUACAAACUUUAUUUUUUUCCCCUCUGUACGACAGGCAUACGCACACAAACACAAAAAAUACUUUCUUCAAGGGGAAAAAAAAAUUUUCAAGGUCGUUUCUCUUCUGUAUACGUGAUGAAAGAAAUACUACAAGAGGACCUUUGGAGAUGAUGAAACGUCCAAGAUAACGGAAAUCGAUAAAUACAUUAAAUACACAGUAUAGAAAAUAUUGGUACAAGAUAUGAAUUUGUCGUUUAGGAAUUAAUUAUUAUAUCGAUGUUUGAUAAUGAGUCAAUGAAGAAGGGACGAAAGAAACAGAGGUGACAACAGCCAACAAUGUAAAAUAUAUGCAUCUAUACAUAAUAUAUGUAUAUUAAGGAGUGAAAGCCUUAUUGGCGCAUAUGCGGCCUUCUUCGAGGGGUUUUUUCUCUAUUUCGACGACGCUCGACGAUCGAAAAUACAAAGAAGCCAUCGGCUGCUUUUAUUCGAUGGCGAGGCUUGUAAAGCUGAGAUGAUAUGGAAACUGAGGAUGAUGUGGACGAGGAGUUGCCGAGAGCGGCGGGUCGUGAAGAGAUUAAUCACAACAACAAUAAUAAUUUCGAAGAAAUUGAAGGCAUGAAGAUCUCUGAGGUGCCAACGUCUUCCUUGAUUGCGGAUCAGGAGAGUUUCUUCGUAAUGCGAUCAUCAUCCUCCGACCUUUUGCCCGAAAUGAGCAUGAGUAGUAGCUUUAAUCCGGAUAAUAACCUCGACAAAGCCGAUGAGAACACGCACGUUGAAUCAAAAGUACAUUUAAGCACGAACAUGAAGACUGACGUAAGAGAUUGCGAGAUCUUAAGGCUUUGCAAAAGUAAGAGGGUAUCCUGUCAAGACACUAUUCACGAGUCCGAAGAGGACGAUGGCCUUACUAUGGAAAAAGUUGGAAAGUUUUUGGAGACACAUCCAACAGUAUUGGAAGCUUGGAUUAGAGAUAAGGCGAGCGCAGAAUUAAGAAUGUGGUUACAGGGAACAAGUUUGGCACCAAAGACAUCAACUUCAAGUCAACAUCAAGAAGAAAAUACGCUGAAUAGAAAUAAAAGAAAUAGCGUCACUUCGGAUUUAUUCCAAUCGUGGCUGGCGUCCAAUUCACCAGUAAAAAGAAGCAGAAGUCCAAGCAGGACCUCAAUGACAUUAAUGGGACGGCGGGAGGAAUUAAAUCGAUUGGACGAAGGAGAACUUUUCAUGGAAUUGAUACGAGACGUUGCUAAUGAGUUGGAUAUCAAUAUUCUUUGUCAUAAAAUUCUCGUUAAUGUUGGUUUACUCACUCAUGCGGACAGGGGUAGUUUAUUCCUGGCAAAAGGCCCUCCCGAGGAUAGAUAUCUCGUUGCAAAGUUAUUCGACGUCACGCAGGACACUGAGUUGGAUGUGGCAAUUCAGAAAGCGAAAAACGAGGAGAUCAAAAUUCCCUUUGGUGUUGGCAUCGCUGGCUACGUGGCACAAAGCAAACAAAUCAUAAAUAUCAAGGAUGCUUAUAAAGAUCCACGAUUUAACAGCGCCAUCGAUAUGCGAACGGGUUACAAAACUCAUUUGAUUCUUUCAAUGCCAAUUUGUAAUUACGAGGGUGAUGUUAUAGGCGUGGCUCAAAUCAUCAACAAAACUAAUGGCAGCAAUGAAUUCACCGAAAGGGAUGUUGAGGUCUUUCAAAGAUACCUAACCUUCUGUGGAAUUGGUAUUCAGAAUGCGCAACUCUUUGAAUUAUCUGUCCAAGAGUAUCGACGAAAUCAAAUACUACUUAAUUUGGCGCGAAGUAUUUUUGCCGAGCAAAAUAAUUUGGAGUGCCUCGUGUCAAAAAUUAUGACCGAGGCAAAAGAAUUACUAAAAUGUGAGAGAUGCGCUGUUUUUCUUUUGGAUGUUGACUGCGGAGAAGCGGGUCACCUGGAAAAAAUUGUGGAACGACCAGGAAGAAUGGUGCAAGAAGCAAGAAAACCACUUUCGAGAAGAGAGAGUAACAAUAUUCAAAUGGAGGACAUUUAUCACCAACACGGAACAAGCGAAAUCAACAAAUUUACAAUGGUUUUUGAAAUGGAAAAUGGAAAAGAAGAGGCGCGAGUUUACAGGCCAAGUGCUGAGGAUCUUUUAAAGCCAUUGGGACGAAUUGCAAAAUAUGUCGCAUUUUCGGGCGAAAUUCUAAAUAUCGGUGAUGUUGCGUCAUGGUUGAAAGUUCCAGUUGUGGAAACGGGAAGUGAACCUGCCAGAAGCAUUCUCUGCAUGCCAAUUGCCAAUGGACAAAAGGAUGUAAUAGGAGUAGCUCAAUUAAUAAAUAAGGAUAAUGGAUCUUCAUUCACCGACUCCGAUGUCUCUAUCUUUGAGGCGUUUGCCAUAUUCUGUGGACUUGGUAUUCACAAUACACAAAUGUAUGAAUCGGCCUGUAAACUAAUGGCAAAACAAAAAGUCGCACUUGAAUGUUUGAGUUAUCAUGCAACUGCCAACAAUGACGAUGCCUUAAAAUUGAUGUCAGACUCGAUAUCAUCAGCAGAAACUUACAACUUGUACAGUUUUACAUUCAUUGACUUUGGACUUACCGAUGACGAUACAUGUAGAGCAACCAUCAGAAUGUUUAAGCAAUGCGAUUUAAUUCAAAAGUUUCAUAUUCCAUACGAUGUUCUUUGUCGCUGGAUAUUGAGCGUGAAGAAAAACUACAGACCGGUGAAAUAUCACAACUGGAGGCACGCUUUAAAUGUGGCGCAAACAAUGUUUGCAAUGUUGAAAACCGGCAAAAUGGAGAAAUUAAUGAUGGAUUUGGAAAUUUUGGGUUUACUGGUCGCAUGUUUAUGUCAUGAUUUAGAUCAUCGUGGGACAAAUAAUGCAUUUCAAACAAAAACCGAAUCGCCAUUGGCAAUUCUCUAUUCGACAAGUACAAUGGAACAUCAUCAUUUUGAUCAGUGUGUAAUGAUUCUUAAUUCGGACAGUAACAAUAUUUUCCAAAAUUUACCAAUGGAAGAUUAUCGACAAGUAAUGAGAGUCGUGGAAAAUGCAAUUUUAUCAACAGAUUUGGCAGCGUAUUUUAAAAAGAAAAAUCGCUUCAUGGAAUUAAUUGAUGAAGGUGAAUUUGACUGGCAAAGCGAGGAGAAAAAAGAACUUUUGUGUGGAAUGAUGAUGACAGCUUGCGAUGUGAGUGCUAUCGCAAAACCCUGGGAAGUUCAGCACAAAGUAGCGAAAUUGGUGGCUGAUGAAUUCUUCGAUCAGGGAGAUUUGGAAAAAUUACAAUUAAAUCAACAACCAGUGGCGAUGAUGGACCGCGAAAGAAGAGACGAACUACCACAAAUGCAGGUGGGCUUCAUUGAGGCAAUUUGUCUCCCAUUGUAUCGAGUUUUAUCCGAAACUUUCCCCUGGAUAAAGCCACUUUACGAGGGGACAUUGGAAAAUCGAAAAAAUUGGCAGGAUCUCGCCGAGAAAGUUGAAAUGGGUUUGACUUGGAUUGAUCGUGACACAAUUGAAAAACCAGUCGAGGAGUUUGUUUCCUCAGAGCCAAAGGAUAUUGAAUUUACCGUAACGACAUUAAAUUGUGCGCACACCGAGAAAAAGGAUGGAUUCAAUGAUAAUAUCUCGGAUGCGACAAAAUCCUCGGCUUUAGGACGUUUCGCGUCGUUGCGAAAAGGUGGAAGAACAUUGAGUAAAGGUGUGAGAAGUCGACUCAGUCGAUCAUUAUAUUCGAGGAGUAAUUCCGAGGACGGUGGCAAAAGUAAGGAUCUACUUCCCGAAAGGAAGAAUAGAAAUAAAUUGUGUCUAUUAAUUUGACGGCUAACAUCGUCGACCUUGGAAAGUAUUCCCGAGUGAUCGGCGAUUUCUUUUUCCUUGUUAAGCCGUCAAACAGUGUCAAUUGUCCGUCUCGCGAUUUCAAAUUACAAUUUCAUUAUCUUCCCCACUCAAGGGACUUAUGGUCGAUCACUUUUUUUUGGAGGCCUUAAAGCGUGAAUUUCUGGCAGAACUUGAAAAAAUCAGAAUGUUGUCCAGAUUUCAAUUUUCAAAUUUUUAUUUUGGAAAAUCGAUAGAAAGAAGAAAAUACAAAUUGAAUUUCAUAUCCGAUCCAGGGUAAGAAGCUCAAAAGGACUAAAAAAAUCAAGAGUGCACUUGGAGAUGUGAAGUACCUGUGAAAAUCUAACUCUCAAAUUCAAUUUUAAGAGAAAUUUAUAUACAUUAUAGGAAUUUUUAAAUCGCUAGUAAUUUAAAUAAUAAAAAAAAAAAAAUCAAAGAUAAUUAUUAAAAAAUGCCUAUUUUUGUCAAAACAAAAAAGAGUUGGAUUUCCGGGUGCAUUAUAUAAUUCCAGAAAGCAGUAAAUUAAAAAAGGGAAAAGAAACACAAAGUGUAGAAACAUUAGUAAAUGGCUAGGCUAUUAGACUGUGAAAUUAAUAAAACGUCACCUCUCGUAACAUUGCUCACGAUAGUUUCGAAGUUGGCGAGAUGAAAGUUUAAAAACAAACAAAAAUUUGCAAAAAGAUAGAAAAAAGCUGUUAUACGUCGCAAAAGGAAAAAUAAAGUAGCACGAUCAAGUUUCAUCGCGAUUAGAUAAGUUAAAUUUUUGACAAUCUUUUUGUAUAAUUUGAAUAUAUCUCAAAAAGAAAAAAAAAUCUAGAAGAGAGUGAAUCGUUAAAAAAUUAGUGACAAGCUCUUUUUAGACUAAGCGGUAGUGAGUAAGUCUGAUUUUAAUUAUUGAUAUUAUAUAGCGAAAAACGUACUUUUUCACCACUACCUGUUAAAAAAAUGAAUGAUAUAUAAAAACUUAUUUAUUUGUACGAUAUGCAGAGUGUGAAACAAAUUCGUAGAUAAAUGAGAUACAAAAAAAUAUUUGUGUUACCUUCUCCAUUAAAAAAAAUUGAGAAUUAUUCAUUGUUAUUCAUUCAUAAAAAAAAGGAGAGAAAUAAGAUCAUAAAAAAAGAUGUUUAUAUUCAGUGUUCAUUAAAUGGAAAAAUAAUUAUUGCAUUUUUACUUCAUAAAUGCUCCCUUAAAAAAAGUACAUAAAAAAAUGAAAUAACAUUUAACAUGAAAAUAAGAUUUUAAAAAGCAAUUUUAUCUAAAAAUAGUGUCGAGAAUGGUAUAUUUGCGAUGUGAAAUGCAAUUACAUUGUUAUCACAGCAAUGUUAAGAAUAAAACGUUUUUCAAACUCAAAUUUUCCAUAUGUCCUUUUUUUCUCCAAGAAAAAAAAUUGUGAAAAUCAAAUUUGUAUAUUCGAAUGACAAAUCAAAAUAAACUACAUUAA